GUUUCCCCUCUGGCAGAGCUGCCAUGGGACCAGCCCAGCGACAGCUGCCAGGAGUACAGUGACUGGAAGGAGAGGAAAACCUACCUCCCGCCUUGGAAGAAGAUUGAUUCUGCACCCUUAGCUUUGCUGCACAAGAUCCUGACGGAGAGCCCUGCGGCAAGGAUCACCAUUCCUGAUAUCAAGAAGGACCGGUGGUACAGCAAACCCCUCAAGAAGGGCGUCAAGCGGGCUCGUGUGUCCUCAGGAGGGGUCACUGAGUCUCCUGGUGGCUUCUCCAAGCACGUCCGAUCCGAUAUGGACUUCUCACCGGUGAAGAGCCCACUUGGCGAGGAGAAGGUGAGCUACUCCACAUCACAGCCGGAGCCCGGCACUGGUGGGAUGCUCUGGGACUGUGGAGCAGCCACCAUCGACAAGCUGGUGCAGGGCAUCAGCUUCUCCCAACCCGCCUGCCCUGAGCACAUGCUGGUCAACAGCCAACUCCUUGGCACUCCGGGCUCCUCACAGAGCCCGUGGCAGCGCCUGGUGAAGCGGAUGACGCGCUUCUUCACCAAGCUGGAUGCCGACGGCUCAUACCGUGCCCUGAAGGAAGUGUGUGAGAAGAUGGGGUACGGCUGGAAGAAGAGUUGCACCAACCAGGUCACCAUCUCGACCACGGACAGGAGGAACAACAAACUCAUCUUUAAGGUGAACCUGGUGGAGAUGGAGAGCAAGAUUUUGGUGGAUUUUCGCCUCUCCAAGGGCGAUGGCCUGGAGUUCAAGAGGCACUUUCUGAAGAUCAAGGGCAAGCUCAGCGACAUCGUCAGCACCCAGAAAGUCUGGCUGCCCACCAC